UAUCAUCCUAAUCUCUCGAUCGAAUCCAAUUUUUUUUUAUUUUUCUAGAUCCCUAAUGAAUUCGUGGAUUAUUAUGUUUUGCUAUAUCGAUUUCAUCAAUCGUUUUUAUCACUCGCUAAUUUGUUUGUUCUUUCGUUGUUUUUAUUGUUUGAAUUCGCAAUCCAGCUUUGUCUUUCGGUGUUUGUUGAAUUUUGAUUUUGUUUGUUUUGAACGAUUUUUUUUAUUAGGUCUGCGACUGUUAAUUUUUCCCUUUUUGUUUGUCUGAUUUUAUUCUCUGUUUAGUGUUUAGUUGAUCUGCUGUGUCUCAGUGACGUAUAUCAAUCUGUUUAAAUCUGUGUUUCGUGGUGGUAGUAGUUCACUCCCCUGGUGUCAUUAUUUUUUUGCAUGUUGAAAUUUGCAUAUCCUAUAAUGUAUGUUUUUUUUUUCCCGAGUUUUCAUUUUUGUUGUUGGUUACAGUAUCCUAAAGUGACCGUGUAUUGCAUUAAGGGGAACAGGUAGAUGAUAAUUUACGCUAGCAUAGUUUUUGUUGGUUUUCUGAGGAAAAAUAGUAUUGUCGCUUCACUGAAUGCAGCAUUUUUUUCUCUUUCUUUAUCCAAAACUUUUAAGAUAUAAACUUAGGCUUAAAUUUGUUAUGUGUAUUGUUUAUAACGAUCCCUUGUCACAGUGCUUGCUUGACAAUGAGGUGUGUUUCCUGGUUUACUGAAUUUCCAUUCAGGGCAAUCAUGAGUGACGAAGGUGAAAGGACUUGUCCUCUCUGUGCAGAAGAGAUGGAUUUGACAGAUCAGCAGUUGAAGCCAUGCAAAUGUGGUUAUGAGAUAUGUGUCUGGUGUUGGCAUCACAUAAUGGACAUGGCUGAGAAGGAUGACACAGAGGGACGAUGUCCUGCGUGUCGUUCUCCAUAUGAUAAGGAAAAGAUCGUUGGGAUGGCUGCAAACUGUGAGAGAUUGGUCGCUGAAGUUCAUAUGGAAAGAAAGAUUAAGAACCAGAAAUCAAAGUCUAAGUCAUCUGAAGGGCGGAAGCAGCUUAGCAGUGUGCGAGUGAUUCAGCGGAACCUUGUGUACAUAGUGGGAUUGCCUCUCAAUCUGGCAGAUGAAGAUCUUCUCCAGCAGCGAGAGUAUUUUGGUCAGUAUGGGAAGGUCUUAAAAGCAUCGAUGUCUCGGACAGCAGCGGGUGUCGUCCAGCAGUUUCCAAACAGUACAUGUAGUGUAUAUAUUACUUAUUCAAAUGAAGAAGAAGCAAUUCGAUGUAUUCAAAAUGUACAUGGAUUUGUUUUGGAGGGAAGACCUUUAAGGGCUUGUUUUGGAACAACUAAAUAUUGUCAUGCAUGGCUCAGAAACAUGCCUUGCAGCAAUCCGGAUUGUCUAUAUCUGCAUGAGAUUGGCUCUCAAGAAGAUAGUUUCACAAAAGAUGAAAUAAUGUCAGCAUACACUAGAAGUCGUGUUCAACAAAUUACUGGUGCUGCAAACAAUAUACAACGGCGGUCAGGGAAUGUAUUGCCUCCUCCAUUGGAUGAUUGGACGUAUAAUUCUUCAGGAAAACCCAUUGUGAAAAAUUCUACAAGUAACACUGCUAGCAUUGUAAGAGGUUCAACUCCUAAUGGAAAUUCUGGGAGGCCUAUAGCUCUUCCUGCUGUUGCAUGGGGUACACGGGCUACAGAUUGUCAGGCAGAUGCAGGAGGUCCAUUAUGUCCAAAUGGACUGUCCAAGCCCAAACCUGAUACAAUCAGCAGCACACUACCAUUUUCCUCAGCUGUUGCUGGCACAAUUCAGGCUUCAUUGAAUAGUGAUGUGACAAAGAGGCCAUCAUCUAGUGAAGGGAGUCACAGUAUGACGCCUGGAGUAAAAAAUGAAUUAUUGAAACCUGUUAAACAAUACAAUAGCAUGGAAUUUGAACUGAUGUCUAGUGCCAGCGAAAAAACUGAAGUUGAUGCUUCUCUUGCACCUGUGAAUUUGAACAACCAGUUGUCUUCUCUACCGUUAGCCACAUAUAGUGAUAGAGGCAGUUGUACUACAACGAACACAAAAAAUUCUAUUGAGAUCACUGGACAGCCAUGCAGCUUUGGUCCCGAGGAAGCAAUUAUUGCUACCAAUGAAGAGAUUCAGAAUUUGUCCUCUGAGUUGUCCUCUGUUAACAUUGGUAGGAAUGCCCAAAAUGAACUCUACGGCCCAACCAAACCUUGUAGCACACCUUCUGAUUAUGUCUUGGUCAAACCUAUGCCAUCUCAUGGAUCACAGCAUAAUGCUGACGUACUUAGAGAUGGAAUUGUUACAAAUGCGGCCAGUAAAGCUGCUACAUCAGAUAAUGAGGUUUGUAAUUCAAAGGAAUGGUGUGAUUUGAGAUUGGAUUCUAUAUCUAAACUAGUAUCAGGCAAGGCUGAAGUGGAAGAUGAUGUGACAUCUUUUGAUAAUCAAAGACAUAAGGAUCCAGAAGUUGUUUUUCGUUCUUAUUUGCCAAAGUCAGUGAGUUUCCAUCAUGCCUCAAACCAUUCUAGUUCUCAUCUUCUGCAGCAUGAUGAGCCUUGUACUGUUGUAAAUGCUGGUUCUUUAGCUGCAGAUGAUAAAGUUGGGGAUGACUCCCUAUUACAUGCACCUAACAUAUUAUAUAACGGAUAUCCUCAGAAAUUGGCCAGCACCAGUUCUUAUGGUUUGCUUCAUGAUGAGAGGAAUGAGCAAUGCUUUGGAAGAUUAGUUAAUGAAGCAGGUAAUACUGGAAGUGAUGCUGCUAUUGAUAAGGGUGAGAGUAGUAUUAUUUCAAAUAUAUUGUCCAUGGAUUUUGAUUCCUGGGAUGACUCACUAACAUCCCCUCAGAAUUUGGUCAAGUUGUUGGGCGACAACACUGAUAAUAACCGGCAUGGUCCUCUAAAGAAAUCUAGUUCAUGGAAAGUUCAAAGUAACAAUCAAUCAAGAUUUUCUUUUGCAAGACAGGAGGAAUCCAAAAUCCAAGCCUUUGGUGUACAUCCACCAUAUGGUGCCAGCCAGCAAUUUCCAAAGAGUCGCUCACUCUUCCAGGAUUCUGCAGAAAGGGACUUGUCUAUGGACAAGUUUGGUGGUGCAAAUGGCUUCCCUGCCAAUAACCUUGAGGAAUCUGAAAAUCUAGGCAAUGGUUCUUUUGUUGCUUCUUCUAAUAAACUUUCUGCUGUUUCAAGAGCACAAAUUUCAGCACCACCGGGAUUUUCAGUUCCAAGCAGGCCACCGCCUCCUGGUUUUUCCUCUCAUGAGAGAAUGGGGCAGGCUUUUGACUCCAUUUCUGGGAAUUCGUUGCUCGACCAUUCUUUAUUACUGAGAAAUUCAUAUCAGACACCCUCAACUGGAAAUAUUGGUGGUGCAGGAGACAUUGAAUUUAUGGAUCCUGCUAUUUUGGCAGUUGGUAAAGGGAGACUUCAAGGUGCAUUAAACAACCAAGCGCUAGACAUGCGAUCCAAUUACCCCCCACAGUUAAAUUUCUUUGAAAAUGAGGCCCGACUUCAAUUAUUGAUGCAAAGAUCUCUCUCACCACAGCAAAAUCUUCGAUUUUCUGAAAUUGGGAAUUCUUAUUCUCAGAUUAGUGAUUCUUAUGGCAUUUCUCCAAGGUUAGAUCAAUCACAAGUCACUAAUCUGGCUUCGUUUCCUCAGUUGUCUCUGCAGCAGUCUAGAAAUGCAGUCAUGUCGAAUGGCCAGUGGGAUGGCUGGAAUGAAGUGCAGAGUGGAAAUAGUCUGGGUGUGGCUGAGCUUUUGAGAAAUGAAAGAUAUGGAUUUAAUAAGUUUUAUGGAUAUGAUGAUUCUAAAUAUCGGAUGCCAAAUUCUGGGGAUAUGUACAACAGGACAUUUGGGAUUUGAAUUUGUUGGCUACAUUAUUUUUCUUAAUGUUGUUCAUUGUAAAGCAGAGUCAGAAAUGGACAAACACAAAUUUUCUCCAUUGCCGAAUGCGAUGUGGCCGAUUCAUGAUAUAGCUGGUCUAGUGGUCUACAUAAUGAUGAA